CCGGCCCCGCUUUCUGCGCGGCUCCGGCUCCAGCCCGGGCUCCACCGACGCCUCGCGCCGCCCCGAUGUCCGGCCGGUGCGCAGCCCAGCCCGGGGCCGCACGCUGCCUUGGAACGCAGGCUACGCCGAGUGAGUGCCCCUGCCCCCGCGUCCCCUCCCGACCCCCUGCCUGAUCCGGUCUGGUUCUACGCUGACCUGGAGAGCCGACGGGGCGUGCACAUCCCCGCUAGUCUUCUUCUUGUCCUCACCCUAGGACUCUUGACAGCAUUCCUCCUUUUUCUCGAUUUUGCAUUUUCUUUUGGAGAAGGUCGGAGGUCCCGGGAGGGCUCGCAUCCGACUGGACCCUCCUUUCUUCGGGCCUCUGGAGAUGUAUGUCCCACCUCGCACUUCACUCAGGGUUUGGCCUGUGCUCUGUGGGAUAGGGGUUAUCAAUGCAGAGAAAUCUGAAUUCAACGAAGACCAGGCUGCCUGUGGGAAGCUCUGCAUCCGGCGAUGUGAGUUUGGGAUCGAAGAAGAUCAAGAGUGGCUGACGGUGUGCCCAGAGGAGUUCCUGACGGGUCAUUACUGGGCACUGUUUGAUGGGCAUGGUGGACCUGCUGCAGCCAUCUUGGCUGCCAACACCCUGCAUUCUUGCCUUCGCCGGCAGCUGGAGGCUGUGGUAGAAGGCAUGAUGGCCACUCAGCCCCCCAUGCACCUCAGUGGCCGCUGUGUCUGCUCCAGUGACCCCCAGUUUGUGGAGGAAAAGGGGAUCCGGGCAGAAGACUUGGUGAUUGGGGCUCUGGAGAACGCCUUCCAGGAAUGCGAUGAUGUGAUUGGGAGAGAGCUGGAGGCCUCAGGCCAGAUGGGUGGCUGUACGGCCCUGGUGGCGGUGUUCCUGCAGGGGAAGCUGUAUGUGGCCAAUGCUGGGGAUAGCAGAGCCAUCUUGGUUCGGAGAGAUGAGAUACGGGUACUGAGUUCUGAGUGCACCCCAGAAACAGAGCGGCAGCGGAUCCAGCAGCUGGCCUUUACCUACCCUGAACUUCUGGCUGGUGAGUUCACGAGACUGGAGUUCCCACGGCGGCUGAAGGGCGAUGACUUGGGGCAGAAGGUUUUGUUCAGGGAUCAUCACAUGAGAGGCUGGAGCUACAAACAGGUGGAAAAGUCUGACCUCAAGUAUCCAUUGAUUCAUGGACAGGGUAGGCAGGCUCGGUUACUGGGAACACUGGCUGUCUCCAGAGGGCUGGGUGACCAUCAGCUUAGAGUCCUGGACACCAACAUCCAGCUGAAGCCCUUCCUGCUCUCCAUCCCACAGGUGACUGUGCUGGAUGUAGACCAGCUGGCAUUGCAGGAGGAUGAUGUGGUUGUCAUGGCAACUGAUGGGCUCUGGGAUGUCCUGUCCAAUGAGCAGGUGGCACUGCUUGUGCGGAGCUUCCUCACUUCGAACCAAAAGGAUGACCCACACAGGUUCUCAGAGUUGGCCAAAAUGCUGAUACACAACACACAAGGGAAGGACAAUGGUGCCACGGGAGAAGGGCAGGUGUCCUACGAUGAUGUCUCCGUGUUCGUAAUUCCUUUGCACAGCCAGGCCCAAGAGGGAAGUGGCCACUGACGUUUCAGAUACUGUAUUCUAGCACCUCCUCAGGACCAGUGCAGACUCAGCAUAUGUCCACUGUGGCCAAGAGCAGGCCCUGCCUGGUCUGUUCUGAGCCACAGCCCAGUGCUCACUAGGUCCCACCUUCUGCAAUGGUAAUGUUCCCCGGGCAGAGGUACUUGAUAGCAUUCUGCAGGAUAAAGGGUCCGGGGCACUAAGAAGUCUUGGGGAGCGGGCAGCUACGUGUGGUUCCAACUCCUGAAAUCUCAGUUAACCAUCAUUAACCACACCCAUGGUUAUUCAUUUAACCACCAUAACCACACCCAUGGUUAUUCAUUUAACCAACCAUCCACACAGGGCACCUUCUUGAAACUUCAGAGCAGUCUCACAUUUGCUUAAUUUAAACGAUUAAAGCGAUCUUAAU